AUGUCGCUCUCGCUCUGGCAAGUUCCUCGCCUGAUGGAUCGUUUCAUGGACGAUUAUAUCCACGAGAUGAAUCGCAGCAUUUUCCCUUACUGGAGGAAUGCUGACCAUUCCAGGCUUCAUGUUGGCAAUGAUACGCAACAGAGGUUGGCUUUCUCUGUUCAGGUAAUCGACGAUGAAAAGAAGUUUGCUGUCUCACUCGAUGUCUCACAAUUCCGUCCCGAGGAUCUAAAGGUGCAGCUCGAUGGUAGAGAACUUACUGUGGAAGGGAAGCAGGAGCAUAAAGGUGAAAACAGCUUCAUUCACAGAUCCUUCAUCCGCAAAUGGACGCUUCCAGAAACUGUAGAUUUGGAGUCCGUGCGCACGCAACUAAGCGAUAUAGGACACUUGUGCAUUGAAGCUCCUAAGGCAGAUCCGGAAAGGCCAAAUAGAAGAAACAUUCCGAUCAUGCCUGCUCCGUCGAAGAAUUAA